ACUUAUGGAGCAAGCACAAGUUUAUUGUGAUCUGAGACGAAACAACUGUGGUUACCUUGGAAGGACCCUGGUCAAGGACAAAGCUUCAUCAUGAACAUGUAGCCUGUAGAAAGAAACACGAUAAUUCCAAGGUUUAGAAGUUAGGUCCAGAUAUACUGCAUUGUCUAAAAGGAAAGUAGAAAUACUUUGGAUGUCUAGCUACGUUUCUGUAUGGAUACAGAGCAGUAGGCCCGCUUCCUUUAUUUUGAGAGAAGGGGCGGGGAAGAUACAUUAGGAGGCGUUGGAAUUAUUGAUCCUUAAGCAGGAAGGAGGAGCAGAAAAACAUUAUGGAGAUGGAGAAUUACGAUGAAGAUUAUGCAUUCAAAGAGCAGAUCAAUGAGGCUUUGGCUGCAUCCUCUACCUUUUCUUCGUCCUCUGUUUGGGACCCAAUGGACUCUGAGUUUGUCUUGGCCCUCCGCUUUCAGGAAAUGCUGGAAAAUGAAUUCAAAACCCCCCUAAAUGAUGAAUGGCAGGAUGCCCAUCAAGAUUUUGACCAGCGUACAGAAGAGGAGCGGUCAGAUAUUGAUGAAUUUGGCAGCUGUUGCGAGGAGGGAGAAGAGGAGGACGAAGAAGAAUGGAGAGACGCAGAGGGAUCUGAAGAGGUUUGCUGCCCCAGUUCAGCUUCUGGAACUGAGUAUCGGGGUUCUCGUUUGGAGAGAUAUUACAGAUUGUUCUUCAAGGGCAUGUCGGAAAUUAGGUCGAGGCAGAGUUGUUCUGGCAUAGGAGUUGUGAUACAGAAUCCCAGCGGAGAGAACCUGAAGCAAGUGCAGAAGAAGUUGGACUUCUAUGUGGAUGGUACUGUGGCUGAACACCUGGCUCUCAUGGACGGUCUCUUGGCUGCAUUACAGCUCAGUGUCCCUCGUGUUCAGGCAUUUACGGAUUCACAGCUUGUGUAUGACCAGAUAGCCAGAGGCCAAAAGCUUGAGAAUCAGCUUUUGAUAGCUGUAAGACAUCGCAUUCUGGAGCAUGCUAGGAAAUUGGAUAAUUUUGUCUUAACACUAAUUCCCAGGAUUGAAAUUAGAAAAGCUUACUCUCUAGCAAAAGAAGCAAUUGACAUAUCCAGUGCUUCAUCAAAGAGAGUUGCUCUUCAGGAUACAUCUCAGACAGAAGAUUGCUUGAUUUGUUGUGAAGAGAAGGCUCCAUGGGAGAUGCUCACAGUGAGAUGUUUUCACAAAUUCUGUUCUCAUUGCAUGGUAAGAUAUGUAGAUAGUAAGUUACAAGCUUCCCAAGUUCCAAUACGCUGCCCUCAAACAGGUUGUGAACACUACAUGAGUGUGGAUGAAUGCAAGGCUUUUCUUCCAGCUGCCCUCUAUGAAAAUUUGCUAAAAGCUCUUGCGGAGGCAAAUAUUCCUGAUUCAAAGAGGGUUUAUUGUCCUUUCCCGAAUUGCUCUGCGUUGUUUUACAAGGGACAAGAUGCAUCUACAAGAGCAAGCUCAUCUGGUAAUCGAGAGGAUACUGCAAUUGGAUGUGUUGAAUGUCCAGAAUGCCAUAGGCUUUUCUGUGCUGAUUGUUGUGUGCCAUGGCAUUCGUCAAUGAGCUGUGAAGAAUACCAAGGCCUACCAGCUGAUGAGAAAAACUCUGAGGACAUAACAUUGCAUCGGCUUGCACAAAAUAGACAGUGGAGGCGCUGUCAGGAAUGCAGGCGGAUGAUUGAGCUCACGCAGGGUUGCUUCCACAUGACAUGCUGGUGUGGACAUGAAUUUUGCUAUGCAUGUGGAGCUGAAUAUAGAAAUAAGCAACAAACAUGCCAUUGUGCAUAUUGGGAUGAACAAAAUAUAAUUAAUCGUCCAGUAACAAAUGAAGUAUCAAGUUGGACCUUAUUUAGUGGUCCGAUUGACCAUUACACAGAUAAUGAGCAGUCACACCUGGCUUUGCUAGAGAGAUUUCUUUUGGAGGACUUUACUUUAAGCUAUCCAUCUCAAACACCAUUGAGGCCACGUGUACAUGAAGAGUACAUCGAUAAUGAUUUUCGCGAUCUUCAUCGAGUACCUUUGCUUGGGAGUUUUGUUUCAGCAAUAAGUGAUACUUCAUAUGAACACUUCCCUGGACAUUGAAUCAAUGUCUGUAAUGUGGCAUGCCAUGGAAAUGAAAUUCAAUUAAUAUCACAAUACUUUCAGGACACCUAAUUGUGUCUAUUGUAGUUACUCACAUGGUAUAUGAGUGUUCAAAGCAGGGUAAGGCUCUGAACUCAACAAUCCAAAAGUCCUGUAUCAAAUACAGAAAUUCCAAAUUUAUCUAAUUGCACUCUUUUAUC